CACCACCCUGAAACUGAACUCUUCUGUCUUCUUGUCUGGACCGAAGUUUUGUCGUCUCUGUUGAGAAAUACAACCAUCGCCGAUCAAUUCUCGUAAAUACAUAGAAAGACAAACAUAUCAUAAUCUAAUGGGCUGUACUGUGAGGACGAAGCACGUUAGACCAAACCGAAAGACCCGAUCCAAGAAACCCCAAUUCGAUCCCUCUUCUUGUCUCCUCGACAAGGCAUCUUUAUCAAGUCUCAAACAUCUUGUUUAUCACCCAAGUCUUGUUGAUGCAAACCCUAGCGGAAACUUCGAGGAGAAUGGUUUGGGUUACUGUACUGAGGAGCAGCUAGAGGAUCUACUCCUGAAACAUUUGGAGUGUUUUUACAACGAAGCGGUUUCAAAGCUUGUGGUUUUAGGUUACGACGAGGAUGUAGCCUUGAGAGCUGUUUUGAGUAAUGGUUAUUGUUAUGGUGGGGUGGAUGUUUUAACCAACAUUAUGCAUAAUGCGUUGGCUCAUCUAAGUAAUAAUAAGGAGGGUGGGAUUGAGGAUGGUUUAGAGGAGACUGUGUUCACUGAUUUGAGACAGUUGGUUGAGUAUUCUCUUGCUGGUAUGGUUUAUUUGUUGCAACAAGUUAAGCCUCGUUUGAGUAGAGGUGAUGCGUUGUGGUGUUUGCUUGUGAGUGAGCUUCACGUUGGGAAGGCGAGUAUGAUGGAUAUACCAAUGAGAGGUACUGAUUUGAGAUUGCAGAGAGAGGUUGAUGAUUGUCCGAGGAGGAGGUUUAAUCUCACUCCUUCUAUGAAGUCUUUAUUGAGAGAGAAUGUUGCUGCUUUCGCCGCUGGGUUUCGUGCUAGUAGUAUGAAGCAGUCUGAGACUAAUGAGCAGACGACAUGUAGCUCUGGAAGUGUGAGUUCAGUUAUGGAGAAGUUCCAGGAUCUGAACCUUGAUGAGAGUGUUGAUACAGCACCUGAGAAGGAUAAGGAUGUUGCUUUGUUAGGAUUGUUGCGUCAGGUUCAGGAACUCAAGAGGCAAGUGAAUGAUAGGAGAGAAUGGGCUGAGAAGAAGGCGAUGCAAGCUGCAGCAAAGGUCAGUGAUGAACUAGCCGAGCUUCAGUCGUUGAGGAGUGAGAGAGAAGAGACCUUACGGUUGAAGAAGUGGAAACAAACUCAUGAGGAGUCAACUGUGAAAAGAAUAUCAGACAUGGAGAAUGAUCUUAGGAAAGUGAGUAGUCAUAUUGACAAGACUAAUAUGAUGGCGAGGACACUUGAGAACGAGAAUGCAGUGAUCCGGGCUGAAAUGGAAGCUUCUAAGUUGAGUGCAUCAGAGUCGCUGGAGGCAACGAAGAAGGAGAAGAAAGGCUUGAAGAAGCUUGUAAUGUGGGAGAAGCAGAAACUGAAGUUGGAAGACGAGAUUGAAGCUGAGAAAGAAAAGAUUAAGACACUCAAUAUGGCUUUAGCAGAGAUCACUCAUGAGGAAAAAGAAUACGAGGAGAAAUGGAGGGAAGAGAAGAAAGCAAAGGAGCAGGUGUUAGCUCAAGUGGAAGAAGAACAACGGUUCAAGGAAGCAACCGAGGUUAGAAACAAGGGAAAGGUUGAAAGCUUGCGGUUGAAGAUCGAAAUAGACUUUCAGAGACAUAAAGACGAUCUCCAGAGACUGGAACAAGAGCUGUCUCGGCUCAACAAGAUCUCUUCCUCUGACUCAAGCCUCCAAUCCAGUGACAACUGCCACACAAAUGGAAAAUCAGAUAAGUUGAAGGGAGAAGUAAUGUGUACACUGCUUGAAGAGCUGGAGAGGCUUGAUGGGUUAUAUGAGAAAGAAGAAACCUAUGACCGGGAAUGUCUUAUCUGCAUGAGAGAUGAGGUUUCGGUUGUGUUUCUCCCUUGUGCUCAUCAAGUUGUCUGCGGGAAUUGCAGCGAUAGCUUCAUGGGAGGUGGCAAAGCUACUUGUCCUUGUUGCAGAGCUCCAGUUCAGCAGAGAAUCCGUGUCUUUGGAGUGUCUUCGUAGUCCAAAUACUUUAACUUGAAACUCAUGAAGCUCUCUACUUCAUAUUGUCUCAUUGAAAUUUAACUGUGGCUUGAAGUAGACGGUUUUUGAAUGUUAAUUAUGUGUUCUUAACUCUUUACAUAAACAUUUCUCUUUUGUUAGAAGAUGUUAC